GUUCAGCUGCGCCGACAGACUCAUGUUGAAUCGGAAUAUUGUCACGGAUUCAGAGAAGGAAAUAAUAAACUAGCACAGCAUUAUCUCGAGGAGAAGCAACCGCGUCUGUCCCUCAUAAUGAGUGACGACACGGACUCCCCCCCUGAGAGGGAAAUGAAGGAUUUUCAGUUUCGUCAGAUGAAGAAAACAAGAGUCUUUGCCCCUGCUGAAGAUUUGCCCAGAGAAAGAAGUAGUCUGCUCACCAUCUCAAACAAAUUUGGUUUAACUUUUGUCGGGCUCAACAGAACAUUCAAAGUUUACCAAACUCGAGACAUUCUGUCUGCUGAUGCAUUCGACGGCAAGGCCAAUGAAAUAGUGGAGUCGACCGCAGCUUUGGCGGAGGUGACAGGGGAACUGCAACUGCACCACUUGGCUCUCAGUAGUGAUGAACUUACCUUGUCAGUAUGUGGCAUGCACGAGGGGGGGGGGUUGUUCCUCACGUUCUACGAUGUCCGCGUCUUCGUGAACAAGUCAAGACCACAGAAGCUACCUUUUGCAUCAUUGCUGCCAGCAGUAGCCCCUGGCAUUGUAGUGCAAGACCUGAAGUGGAAUCCUGGUCAUGCAUCCGUUUUGGCGGUCUGUCUGUCCGAUGGCCGGAUGAUGAUUUUGGAAGUUACUGACUGUGUCAAAGUUCACGCUGAGCUACCAGCUUCAAGUGGCAUCACGUGUCUGUGCUGGAGUCCAAAAGGAAAACAAGUGGCUGCAGGAAAAAUGAAUUCCUCAGUCAGUCAGUAUACACCAGCACUAGAAGAGAAAAAGGUGAUCCCGUGUCCCCACUUCUACACGUCUGACCAACCUGUGAAAGUUCUGGAUGUGCAGUGGCUGAGAACCUUUGUGUUUGCAGUGGUAUAUGCUGCUGCAGAUGGGUCCUCUGAGACCCCUCCUGAGCUAGUGUUGAUCUCCCUUCCUAAGAAGGAUGAGAAGGUGGAGACAAAGUAUCUGAACUUUAGUGACACCGUGUAUGGCUGCUGCACUGAGCGACAACACCACUACUUUCUGAGCCAUGUGGAGGACUGGGACCUUGUGUUUGCUGCAUCAGCGGCUUCCAUUGAAGUCAGUGUCAUAGCCGCCAGACAAGAGUACAAGAUCUGGGAGCUCUGGAUCCUGGAAGAUGCGAGUAGGGCUGAGCUUCCAGUGACUGAGACAAGUGAAGACACUCUGCCGCUUGGCUUAGCCAUAGACUACACCAGCCAGCAUGAGAUCCACAUCACGGAGGAGAAGACUUUGCCCCCAGCACCCACAAUGCUGAUGCUGUCCACAGAGGGAUUGCUCUGCCCCUUUGCUCUGCUCAACCUCAAUCCGGGGGUGAAGCAGCUGGUCUCAGCUCCCACUGUCCUCGCCUUGGAGGGGGAGAGACUGCCCAAGCCAGGUUCUUUGGCACCCCAACCACCCAAACUUGCUGCCACCUUCCCAUCUGCCCCAGCAACAUUCCCAAACCUCAGUUUCACUUCAUUAGCUGCUUCCACCCCUCUAGCCCCGGCUGCAGCUUCCUCUGCCGCCCCAUUCAGCAUGGUUCCCACAGCUCCUGCGACAUCCACGGCAUCAUCGUCGGGCUUCAGUUUCUCGGUCCCAACUACAUGCGCCUCCUCUGCUCCUCCACCGUUCUCCAUGGCGGCGCCCACACCUUUUGGCUCAGGGUCCGUUGGCUUUUCCUUUGCCUCCAAACCGCCUCCCUCCGACACUCCUUCAGCGUUUUCCUUCACCCCUUCGGUCAAACCAUCUGCGGUGGCAGCCACAGCUCCAACACCCCAGAGCAUUGCUGCUGCCUCCUCAUCAACAGUCAAACUUAAUCUAAACGAGAGGUUUUCAGACCUGGAGACCCCAGCACCAUCCCCACAGUCUUUCUCUUUCAAUUCCUCGCAGCCCAAAGCCGUUGCUCCCAGUAGUUUGACGGCCCCUCCACUCUCAGCCACUAAGCCACCUCCUGUAUUGGCCCCAGUGCGUCCAGUUCAAACCAGCACACCAGCCACAGUCGUCCAGAAACCUGCUCCCGCUGCCCAGGGCCGUGUCCAGGGGCCACAGGCAGCUGUUGGUGUGAAGACCAUGGAGAAGCAGCUCCAGCAAAAGAAAGACUUUGAUCCCAUUAUGGCUGGUAUACUGGAGGAGAUUGCACAUUUCCAGAAGGAGUUGGAUGAUCUAAAGGCCCGAAGCGCGAGAGCUGACUUUAAGGUUGGCAGCAACGAAGAGAUGAAGGCGUUAAGGAAGGAGUCGGAGGACCUCCACAUGUUCACUCUGGAGAUUAAGGAAACAACAGAGUCCCUCCAUGGGGACAUCGGUGCACUGAAGACCACCUUGCUGGAGGGCUUUGCUGGGGCAGAGGAAGCCAAGGCCCAGAGUGAGCUGAGCAGAGAUAAAAAUUUCAGACAGCUGCUGUACAAAAAAUCUCUGGACCCGCGCAGCGAGGAUCAACUCAAGGAGAUUCGCAGACUCUACCAGUAUAUUAGGUUUGCUGUGGAAGAUGUCAACGACGUGUUGGAUGUGGAAUGGGAGAAACACCUUGAGAAGAAGAAAAAGCAGAAACACAUGGCCGUGCCGGGACGUGAGGGUCUGUUCACCACACUGGCCAACAACCUGUACAUCAUCAACCAACAGAAGAACAAACUGGACCAGUUGGUGAAGCAACUCACUUCACUGCGCCUCUACAACAAGACCACCCCUCCCAUGAUGGACCACAGCACUGCUACUGAAACAUCUGCUGGUUUGGAGAGUGAGCUGGAGAGUUUAAGGGUCGCACUCCUGAAAGCCAGGCUGGACACCACCCCGCCUAAAACCAAAUCAAAGUCUCCAGCCGUCAAGAUCUCACCAGUGAAACAGUCCCAGCUGCGUAACUUCCUGUCAAAGGGACAGAUGCCUCCUGUCCGCUCGACGGCACCAGCCAACCUGUCUCGCUCGGCCUUCCUCUCACCUAAAUACUACGAGGACCUGGAUGAUGUGAGCUCUACGUCCUCCCUGUCCCAGUCCCUGGAGCCUCACCCAGCUGACUUGGAAGAGGAACUACUCCCAGAACCCAUUCCCCUUACGGCCAUCCCUCCAGCAUUGUGCAACCCCCGCCACCCCACAGUUGUGAGGACCCCCUCUAUCCAUCCUGGCUUCGGGGCCAUCCAGUCAACCCCAAAAAUUCACUCGGUCCAGGGUAUGGGCUUUGGACUCAGCCCGAUUGCCAGCCCUGUUCCAACCAAUAGGAUCAACCUCAGUGGGGCGGAAAGCACUGCUCUUGCCACAAAGACAGUUAAACAUGGAGCCCCACCAACUGAGAGGGCCAUCCCGGUCAACAUCCCUGCCCAGCAGGCGGCAGCCACUGCUGCUCUACGAAGGCAGAUGGCCAACCAGAAGACGGCUCUGGUCGGUACCUCCAUGACAGAGUCCAUUUCGAAGACGAUUCCUCAGGUGGUCAAUGUCCAGGAGUUUAAGGACAAAGGGCCUCCGAUGCCGGUUUCCAAUGUUAUGAGCUCAUCAAUACCGGAUCCAGCAGCCCCGGUCUUUGCAACAGUUUCUUCCAACCAGGCCAAACGAAUUGCUGACAGUUUUACAUGUGAAGACAGACCACUAACGACAUGGAAUCCUACCCAAAGUUUCCAGAAGAUGUCCAACGAAAGCGCAACCAACCCACAAUCGGGCUUCGUGUUUGGUCAAUCGGUCAAACCGGAUGCUUCAGCGGCUCCGGCUUUCUCCGCAGACCAAAGCACCAGCAAAGGUUUCUCCUUCGCAUCAGGGCCCGGAAGCUUCAGUUUUGCUUCUGUUCCUCAGGGAGGUGGACUGUCACAAGCUAAAGACGGGAAUAAAUUCUCCUUUGGUGGAAAUGGCAAGAUUAUGUUUACCCAGACGGGAGAAGAGCCUUUCGACCACACCCCAAUAUCCACCACCCCUGCUCCUGGCACAGGGUCUCCCACCCAGCCUUCAAGCUCAUCAGGGGAGAAAGCUGCCUCGACCACAUCGGCCCCCAGGAUAGAGCCACAGUCCCUGAAGACAAUUGGAGGGGAGACUCUGGGAAGUUUCUCUGGACUACGCGUGGGCCACGGAGAGGAGGUUAAAGAUUCAGACGCCAAGCCUGCUUCUGGCUCAUUUAGUUUUGGGGAAACUGCACUUAAUGGAGGCAAGGGAGCAACAGCGUUUAGCUUUGCUUCAGGUCUCCAAAAGUCUGCAGAAGAUUCUCCGUCACCAGACCUGUCCAAGGGGGCAUCGUCGGGCAGUUUGUUCAAGCCUCCUGAACCGAGCCCCAAGCAGGCCUUCUCUGUUCCGCCGUCUAGUUCCAUCGCCUCCGCUUCACCCACGUCCUUCGGUAGUCUCCUUGCAGCUUCUACAGACCCCUCCGAGGAACCAAAGGUUUCCCCACAACCCUCAGAGCUCCCACCACCGCCUGAAUACAAACCUGCUGCUCUACCAGUCGUAGAGAGCGCCAGUCCCGUUGUGGUAUCUGAGCCAGCAGCAGUCGCGGUUCCAGCACCAGCACCUGGACCUCCUAUGGCCACGACAGCCCCGACCGCAAACGUUGCCCCCUCCGUCACUGCACCAACUGAAGCAACCACUCCAGCACCAGCCAGUGCAGCUCCCACAAUAGAAGGCAACCCAGACAGCACCACCACCACCACCACCGCCACCACCACCACCACCACCACCACCACCACCCCCACCAUUGCUCCUGUGCCCACUCCCGCUGUGGCCACCCCUGCUGUAGCACCUGUCUCCCAGGUAGCUCCAAUAGCGUUCCAGGUGCCCAGUUUUGACAAACCAGGUUCCAUUUUUACUCAACCUGCUCCUGCAACAACAGACAGCUGUUCCCUUGGUGUUAUACCAGUCAUCAGCACAGCUGCCGCUACAGCCACCACUCCCUCUAAUGAGGUUUCCAGUACAGCAGCCCCAGCUGGAGGCAGUGGGUUUGGACAACGUGUUGCUUCUCCAGCCCCCGCCUCAGACCCAGCAGCCACCGGUUUUGGCUCAUCUGCCUUUGGUACAUCGGCUGGAACUGCUUUUGGCAAAUCUGUGUUUGGCCAAGUUGGUGGCUUUGGUCAGCCUGCCAGCAACACCGAAGCAGCCAGUGGCUUUUCCUUUGGCCAAUCGGCCUUCGGUGCAGGUUCUAACAGUGCGAAUACCGUAGGCGGUGCUUUUGGUGCUGCUACUGCUACCGAUGCCAGUUCCUUCUCCUUUGGCACGAGCGGCGCCAACACAGCCAGCAGCACUGGCUCUGGACUGUUUGGUCAAACCACAGCACCGGCGUUCGGCCAGAGCUCAGGAUUCGGGCAAGGGUCUGUGUUUGGGAGUAACACCACCACGUCCUCAUCUACAGGAUUCAGCUUCGGACAGCCGUCUGGUGAGUCGUUUGGCUCUGCCGCUGCUCCUCCGCCACCUGCGUUCGGCCAACAAGCCAGCACUGGGAGUGUAUUUGGACAGCAGCAGCCGUCAUCUGGUGGGACUCUGUUUGGCUUAAAUCCAGCCAAUCCAGCGGGCUCUGCUGCCGGCGGAGGGUUCUUCACCGGCCUCGGAGGAAAACCGAGCGAAGACGCCGCCAACAAGAACCCAUUCGGCACCAAUGCGCCCACCGGAGGGUUUGGGCAACCCGCUCAGACAGGUACCAACAGUCUGUUUGGAAGUACCAGCGCCAAGUUUGGCUUCGGGCAGCCCUCCUUCGCUGAGCAGAAAGCCAGCGGGACCUUCACCACCGGUGCAGGGAGCGUCGCCGCCCAGGGAUUUGGCUCCUUCGCUAGUCCGACUAAAGCAGGUGCCUUUGGCAGCGCUCCGGUGUUUGGGAACGCUCCUUCCUUUGGAAGUUCCCAGGCAUUCGGUGCUGGAGCGACAUUUGGCUCGAGCCCUUCCUUCCCCAACAACAUGGUUCCCUCAGCUGGUAAAGUGUUUGGAGAGGGAACAACGGCUUCCAGUAUGGGAGGAUUUGGGUUUGCGUCGCCGCCCAGCGGCCCGUCCUUCGGCGCUCUCGCCAGUCAGAGCGCUCCGUCCUUCGGGGGUCUGGCCCAGCAGGGCUCUGGGUUUGUGACUCAGCCCAGCAGCUUCUCUGGCUUUGCACAGCAGCCACAGGCGGGAGGAUUCUCUGGAAACACCUUUGGAUCUCCAAACCCAUCAAGUACACAAACAUUUGCCAGUUGGAGAAGUUAGUUUUAUUCAUCUUCCGCGUCACUGCUACAGCGCUUUGUGCAAUCCAGCUCUUCGUGCCACACGCUGUGUGAAGGGAAGAGGGCGAAGGGCGUGUUGCAUUUGGGCUGAAUGAAGAAAAGUGAAUUAGAAGAGAUAAAUGCAUUUUCUUUUCCUCAAGAGUUUUUGUAUAUUUUAGAAAAAGUUUUCAGCCAGCUUUGUUUGCAAUUUAUAUAUAUAUAUAUAUAUAUAUAUAUAUAUAUAUUCAUUUGAGAAGUUUCUGCCUGAUCUUAGUAUUUUCUUAGGACAUGGGAUAGUCAAAUAUUGAACAUGGAGGUUUUUAAAAAUCUUAAAACUCAAAAUCAUCUUUUUGUAAACGGGUCCAUGACCUUGAGAACAUGUCUCAGUUCACAGAUUUGUCAUUAUUUGUUGUCAUAACAUUCAUAUUGCAGAGAUAUGUUUGCUUCUAGUUCAUUUUGUGUCUAGCAUUUGUAAGAUUUUGUUUUUGCAAAAAUGUUUAGUCGUUAAUUGAAUGAUGGGAAAUUGUGUCCUUUGCAUGGCUAUACAAAUUCAUACUCAGUCCAGUUGUAUCUGUCAAUACAUUUGUCAAUUAAUGUAAACAAAUGUGACCUACACCCAUGUAGAAUGGACUAAAAGCCCAACAUGCUAAUGUCAUACAAAGAAUUGUGGGCAAUGGUGAAACAAAUUUAAAAUUCUUUUUCAUGUGACUUUUGCAGUAAUAGCCCUCUUGAUGUUUUUUUUAAUGAAAGUGUGGAAAUAAAUGGAAUUUUGUCAAAAUGUUUGUCUAUUCAAAAUUGUAUUUCUUAAUGCAGUCAUGUUAAUCGCUCAUUUAUGUUUAUGCUCCUGUGAUUAUGAAACGGGGGAAGAAAAAAAACAUUUGUGUCUAAUGUCGUGUCUCGGUGUUCUUGGAAGCAGCGAAAUGCUCCAAUACAUGAUGUUGCAUGAUAAUGCUGCUUUGGUUUUAUACUGUUUGAAUUUAAUGUUUAAAACAUUUACCAAAACAUCUUGA